AUAAUCUUUGAUGCGAAUACAAAUGCAUGCGCUGUCAUCACAAGAAUCGUUAAGUUGGCACGCCUGCGUUGGGACAGAAAGAAUGGGAAACGUUCCAUUCCGCACUUUGAAAGUCGCAUGCGAAACAAAAAUACCGCUAAUGCUGUAUUUUUGCAGUUAUUACCUAACGAAAUACCUUCAAACUUAUCUUCGUAAAAUCAAAAUUUUUGCUCGAAAGUAUUUACCCAAUACGAUUCAUUUAAAUAGUCAGACAACCAUUUUUAUUACUGCGUGGAACGGAACUAUUCUAAACAAACAAAUCAAUACCACCAACAUAAUGACCCGAACAAACAUUCGCUCGCGUUGUUCGCAGCUGACUGACGCAGUACUUGUCAAAAAUGACGAAAACAGAACAGAAUUAUCAGUGAAUUAAACUAAUUUAUCCCCUAAAACGACCGAAAAUAACGCGUGCUAAUGAUACGUAAUCAGUGACAGUCCGCGCGCUACACAGAAGCGUCGUUACACAACGCGCUCUCUGACAAACACAGUGCAGUUAAAAAUUAUACGCAAAUUAAAGUGAUCAUCCUUUGUUUGGUGAUCAUGGCUGCAGCGUUAGCUAAUGACUCACCGAAAUACACCAAUAGCUUGAUCUGCUGCAGCCCACGCAGCGUCGACGUGGCAUCUACCUCUUCCGCGUCGUCUUCUACGUCAGGCUGUGUAUCCGCCGAUGAUAGUUACGACUCAAACUACAUACCAAAGUCUAUAUCGAAUAAAAAGUUGAAAAUACACAGCACAGCGACCCGGGAAGAACUCGAGAAGGCCGCGAAACAGUGCAAAGAGCUAGUUUUAAAUACGCCUCAGUGUUCUGAAGAGCGAAAAUGGUUAGUGAGAUACCUAGUUGAGCUGCGACUCAGAUUAGAGGAUGUCAAAGAGAACGACGGACAGUUUAAGCCACGCGUAUCCAUUAAAAGUCACCACUUCGAGCAACAAAUAAACAGUAACAACCGUAAACAGUAUUGUGAUCACUGCAGUGGAGUUAUUUGGAGUAUAGUUCAGAGUUCAUACAAAUGUAGUGACUGCAACUAUGUUUGUCAUUACAAAUGUGUGGAUGAAGUCUGUAGGAUGUGUGCUCAUGUCGUGAUGACAGACAGGGGGCAAUUCGAGAUGAGUAUAUGCCCCGAAAAAGGCCUAGCCGCUCAGGAUUAUAAAUGUGUUGAGUGCCAAACUGCUCUUACAUUCAAAGAUUCUUGGAACGAACCACGAUUAUGUGAUUACACCGGCCUAUAUUUCUGUAGUACAUGCCAUUGGAACGACCUGUGCGCUAUCCCUGCUCGAGUUGUACAUAAUUGGGAUUGGGAUAAAAAGUAUGUGUCACGUAUAGCUUACCAAAUGCUCACUUUGUCAUGGUGUAGGCCGUACAUUGACAUUGAAAGUAUAAACCCGAGACUGUUUAAUUUCAUCGCAGAGUUAGAAUGGGUUCACAAAAUGAGAAGGGAUUUGGAAUGGAUGAGGCGUUACCUUUGCGCUUGUCCAGAGGGUACAAACCUACUGUCUCCUCUAUUUGUUCAGCUCGGAGAUGUUAAUAACAAAUACAGUAUGUCCCACCUGGAAGAAAUAAAUGAUGGUUCGCUGGAAUCAAAAUUAACUGAGUUGACUGAAAUUUGUCGCAAGCACAUAACGGGCUGUGCUUUGUGCUCUGGAAAGGGUUACUUAUGUGAAAUAUGUGGUAACAAUGAAAUUCUUUAUCCGUUUGACAGUGGAGCAAUACUUUGUGAUAAAUGCAAUUCUAUGUACCAUAGGGGAUGCUGGUUAAGGAAAGGACAGAAGUGCUUGAAGUGUGUACGUUUAGACGAACGAAGAAAGAGCAAAUUGCCAGACAACGAGGCAGCUUGCCACCCAGAAUAUGACAUAGAUAAAUUUGUUGAAUAAUAUUUUAUUUUUGUACCUGACUUGUUUUAAUGUUUAUAUAUUUUUUUUAUUUUAACGUUACUUAAGGUAGUGGCACCAAUGAUGGACAUGAUCGAAACAUUUUUAUAAGCUAUAGACACUCAGUGUUACUAUAUUAAGUGAUUAGUAGCUCUGAAGAUAAAAAAAAAUGACGAUUAUUGUUCUUUAUCAUCCCUUGGUGCCACUACAUUUCUAAGUGUUUGUGAGUUAAAACAUGUACUUUGUCUGUUCAGAAGAAGGACACAAUUAAGACAACUUUGAACCAUGAUUUUCUUUACUGCAUGGUUGAAAGUUUAAACAUUUUUGAAGAUCUUUAACACUACUUUGUAAAUUUAUUUAGUGUUAUAUUAUUCUCUAUUAUUAUUGUAAUUAAUUAACAUUUUCAACUAUAUAUGUAUUUGUUGACUGCAUGAUUUUGUAAUUAAUAAAGUUUUAUUUGUUAAAUAAAUAAGAAAAAGUUUCUAAGGUGCUGAGAUGUAGUUUGUAGCAAUACAUUUUAUGUAAAUGGCUUUAACAUUGACUGCUAAAUUUAAUGCUUAAAAUUAACUUUUGAUUACAUUAAUGUACUUUUGAAAAUAAUAUAUUUACGAGAACAGCUGAAUGUUUAAUUUAAUAAUGUUAAUCAAGAAAUUCUAAAAGGUUUAAAUAUCCCCUCGUCUGUGUAUGUGGAUGAUUUCUGCCAGGAGUUGAGAAAAUUAUUUUCAUAUUUUGCCUUUUAUCAUAUUUAGUAAUGGUUUUUAAUUUACAUAUCUCAUAUGUAGAUAGGUUUGUAGAGAAACUAUUCAAGAUUGAUUUAAGACAUAAAUGAAGACUGGAUGUACAGUAGAACUCGAAUAAUAAGAGGAAUAUCAACCAGAAAAACUUUUGAUUUUCCGAAUAUGAAAAACAGAGUAAAGGCCUACACAGACCAGGGGUACCAUCCUUUGUGGAUGAGUAAUAAAAGCUAACUUGUUGCCUUAACAUAUAUAUAUGUUAGGUAUAAUAUAAAGUAUGAAAACUUCUUAAUAAAACACAAAACAUAGUGUUAGAUAUACCUAUUCAUUUACCAUAUCAAUUAAUGUUUUCAACUCUGUGAUUAUGAGAUUUAUUGUUGUUCAUUAAAAUAAGACUAGUUGAAACUGGAAAAAAAUAUUAAACACAUUAACCUAAAUAUGGACAGUUAUCUCACUAAUUUAAUUACCUAUAAUUUAUAACCAUAGAUGAAUGAUUGGUGUCACGUCUCUCGAUUGAAGCGAGACGAAUCAUUCAUCUAUGUUUAUAUCCAUUCUUUUAUUUACAAUAAUACAACAAAUGACCAAGUACUAUCUGUGGCAUGCAAUAAAGAAUAAAUAAAAGUAUACUUUUUUUCUUUACAUUAAUACUAAAUGUUUUAUUCAAAUAGUACAUGUAAACUUAAAUGCUUAGUUACCGAAAUAAAUGAAUGUGAUGGUUUAAAAAAAUAUAAUAAAGUUAUCAUAAAAAAGAUUUCUUUAAAAUGAAAAUUAUCAAAAAAAUAAGCUAAAUAAAACUAGUUUUUACGGGU